UGGAAGGCGUGUAAAUGGAGAAGAAAGAACCGACCUAGUUUACACUGCCAGUACGAGUUGACCUGGACACCAUGGCAUCCACUAUGUCUUCUCCACUGGCCCGGAAGAAAUGUCAGAAAACCGGCUGGCUGAGAAAGCAGGGUGGAAUGGUGCGCUCCUGGCACAGACGCUGGUUCAUCCUCAAUGGAGACGUACUUUUCUACUUUGCCAAAGAAGAUGAUGCUAAGCCAUUGGGGAUUAUUCACUUACCAGGCAAUCGUAUUAUAGAGCACGCUUUCCGACCAGAUGAGCCAGAAAAAUUCCUGUUUGAAAUUUUACCAGGUAAAGGACAUACACGGAUGACGCCAGGUCAUGAGUCUUAUCUGAUCUGUGCCAGCAGUGAUGCUGAGAGACAGGACUGGAUCAAGCACAUCCGCCGUGUCAUGUUCCGGGAUGUAGGGGGAGCCAUAUUUGGGCAGAAUAUUGAAGAGACCAUGCAGUACGAGAAGAAAGCAUAUCCUGGGCGAACCAUCCCCUAUAUCAUAGAGGCUUGUGUUGAAUUUCUCACAGAGCACGGACUGGAAACAGAGGGUAUCUUCAGGUUACCAGGGCGAACAUCAUUAAUCAGAGAACUGAAGGAAGAGUUUGACUGCGGUGAGAGGGUAAAGCUGAACCCAGAGACACACGAUGUGCAUACAGUAGCCUCUCUGCUGAAGCUGUACCUCAGACAACUCCCAGAGUCUAUUAUACCCAACAAUUUCUACCAGAAGUUCAUGAAUGUGGCAUUGCGGCACCUGGACAAGAAGGAAGGUGACCCGAUUGCUGACCUGCAGAAGAACCUGUCACUGUUACCAGAGGACAACUACAACAUACUGGAGUACCUGUGUCGUUUUGUUCACAAAGUGGGCCUCAGUGAGGCAGUGAAUAAGAUGGGAGAGACAAACCUGGCUACUGUCUUUGGCCCCAACAUUAUUCGUCACCUUGAUGAUAACCCAGAGUUGUUCAUGGCGACGGCUGACUUGACUCAUCAGCUGACCUAUUUGCUAGUUCACAACCAUGAUAAGGUGUUCACUACGGAUCACAGCUCCACAGAGCCCUCAGUGCCUGUAGAUGACCUGCUUGGUAUCGGUGACGAGCAGGCCAUCAGUGAUCCUCCUCUAGUCCCAUCCUCAGACAUACUAAAUGCUGUUACCACUAAACUUGGCAUCAACUUUGACCAGACUAGUGAAAAGUCUGAGUCCUCUGUGGAUUCGGGCUUAGAGGUCCGGUCCAGUAGUGUUCGAGAGAAAAAGUUACCCGAGUUAGCCAGGAGGCCAUUACAGCGAUACCAGGCAAAGAGUCUGAGCUUACCUACCAGGCCUGUUCCACCAGUACGCAAAUCUAAGAUGAAGAAGAAACCAGUUAUACCAACUGCUGAUGCUGAUGCUGAUAGUGUAACUGAACCUAGUUCUCCUGAGGGUACCCCUACAACUCCUGACAAAUGGUUUGAUCCUGUAGCCUCCCCCACCAGCUGGAAUGGACCAGCCCAGAACCGAGGUCAUGUGGUGUAUAGUGAGGGGCCGAGCUCUGAGGUGGUUGUGACAAACAGCAGUAAUGGGCCGCUUGUGUACAGCCCCACUGAGGCGCUUCAGCAACAGAAUGAUAUCCUAAAGGAAACUCUGUCACGCACAAAGUCAAAGUACGAGUCACAACACAAGUCUUUAAUGGAAGACAGGGACCAUAUGAAACAGCGGUAUGAUCAGUAUAUAUCAGGUGUGGAGGAAAGGUAUUUAAGACAGAUAGAGGAAUUGCAGAGCCAGAUAGAACUCCUGAGAAAGGAGAAUUCUAAAAGUGACCUUUGUAAGUCGCUUUCAAGUCCUGUCAGUUUGGAGAGCUCAAAGCUUGAACCAUCCAUUUCAGAAAUUCAUUUGAAUAUGGCAGCAUUAAAGGAUGAGCUCUCAAAAACCAAGGCCAAAUCAGACACCCACAUCAGGGCGCUAAAGGAGGAAUUGACGAACAUGAAAGCUAAAUAUGAGCGCCACAUAGAGGAUUUACAGACUCACCACAAGAUACAACUGGAGGAAUUACAAAGACAGCUGGAUGCGGAGAAACGGGGCGGUGGCGAGGCGGUGAGUCGAAUCAUGUCUCUCCAGGCUCAGUUACACAGGUAUCACAUGACUUAUGGGGAACUACCAAGCUCUGACUCCACAGCCAGUUAAACCAGUAACAACAGUUUGACCAUGAUGCCUGCCUGCACAUGUGUGUACAAACUGAUACAACUGAUCUCUCAAAUGAUGGGGGAAAACUGCCUCUUGUUUGACCAAAGAUGUUCACCAGAGUCCAGCUCUGUAAAAGCUU